AUGGAUGUUCACGUUAUCUCCAAGCAGGACCCCGCCCACCAUGAGGUGCCACUUUCCAGCUCCCCGAACCGACGGAGCCACUUGCGCCCUCCUCCGUCCGGCCUGACCUACGCCAUGCUGGGCACCGCCUGGAAGUGGUGGGACACAUACCCAGUUCCCCGGACCGCGCCGGCCCCCUACAACGACCCAGCCGCCUGGGGGAUCGUGCCCGCCUGGGGCUACGCGACCGUUCUCGAGAGUACAAUGCCCAACCUCCCGGCGGGCACAUCCAUCUUCGGAUACUGGCCGGCGUCCGGCCACGCGGUGGACCUCCAAUUGACCCCCAGACGACCGCACGACGGUCACUGGACGGAAGUGUCCCCGCACCGCCGGGGUCUGUUCUGGCUGUGCAACCAGUACACCUCCGUGGUCGACAAAAUCCCAGUUAAAGACCCCGAGACCCUGGGCUGGGAAUGCGCCGUGCGGACGAUCUGGACCUGCGGGUAUCUCCUCAGCGAGUACGUUUUCACCCCGGACCCCGCGGCUCAUCCGCCACUGCAUCCGUGUCCUGGCGUGUCUCCCGGGGGGAGCGAAGGAGGAGGGGAAGGAGGCGCAGUGGACCGCCGCCGAGGACGCGGACUCUCCCACGCCGUCGUCAUCAGCCUGGGCGCUUCGACGAAGACGGGUCGCUCGUUCGCGCACAAUCUCACAUGCAGGCCGGCUGGGACGGGCCCCCUGGCCUUCCUUCAGGUCACCUCGGCGCCGGCCGCGAUCGCGGACGCCACGACAAAGCUCGCGCCGCCGUUCCCCACCAAGACCGUGUCUUACUCGGAUAUCGCUGGGGCGGUGGAGGAGUGGCUGGCCAGCAAGCAGGCGUCGAAGAUCGUCCUGGUCAAUUUUGGCAGUCGAGAUGGCGGGGUCGAGCAGGUGUUGGGUCUGAUCCAGAAUAAUCCAGCCUUGAAGGCCGCCAGGCUUGUUUUCAUCGGCGUGGGACUCCAGCAGAAGGUUUACUCAGUUGAAGAGUUCGUUUGCCUGGGCACUGUCGCUGCCCAACUGGGAAUUAUCCAAGUAAACACUUCAUCCAUCAUGGAAGCUGCGCUGGGCGUUGUAGAUCCCAGGAAGUUCUAUGACGAAGUGGACGAGCGCUGGAAUCACUGGCUGGUUAAUCGGGAAUCCGCUGCCCCUGAUCUGCGUCUGGUCUGGGGCAAAGGGGUUGUUGGUGGACAGGGCUUGGAGUGA